CGAAAACAACUAACAAGCAAUUUAUUUUGAGACGGAGAAAAAAGGCAAACAGGCAAUUUAAAAUGGGAUGAAGGGAGUACUAUUUAAAAUACAAGAUUAAUAUUAUCCCUCUUAAAUCUUUAUAUUAAAAUAUACUAUUAUAAUCUUUACUAGCAUAAAAAUUAUAGUAGACUCCGGAGAUUGUUCGUGUGUCAAAGUUGGAGGCCGGAUGCUUGAACGGCUACGUUUGCUUCUUCAACAUCUUUUGCUCGACUUCUCGUUCAUACCGUUUUACCGAAAAAGGGAACUGCCGUCCUAAGAAGUAUUUCACUCACCUGGCUUCAGUGCGGUAGAAGCAUGGAGAAUCCUUGAAAAAUUUCCUUAUCCGGUGGAGGAAAUAGUCCAGGGAGGUUGAAGGAACUGACGACAAAUCCAGGUUUGCCAUGUUCACGGCGGCGUUGCAAGACGGUCUCCUUCAUACUGAUCUCACAACUCAUCCCCCAGAUACCUUCGAAGAAGCAAUGGUCCGGGCUGGAAGGUAUGUGACCCUGGAGGAAAGGAAGGAAGAGAAGAAAGAGAGGACUCCUAAAGAAGAAGAAAAGGCAGGAAAUAAGAAGUCGUUCAAAAACAAGAAACAGGGCUUCCCGGAUGGCCCAAGAACACGUACUAAAACUAUAGCUAGAGAUAGAAACUUAUACCUUUUCCGGUAAAGCAGUAUGAACGAGAAGUCGAGCAAAAGAUGUUGAAGAAGCAAACGUAGCCGUUCAAGCGUCCGACCUUCAACUUUGACACACGAACAAUCUCCGGAGUCUACUAUAAUCUUUAUGCUAGUAAAGAUUAUAAUAGUAUAUUUUAAUAUAAAGAUUUAAGAGGG